AUAACUGCGUCUGAACUCAGUUCUGCCCAAACCUCAGAGGGGAUAGAAGAGGCUCACAUAAGAUACAGUUCUGCAGUUUGGAUUUCAUCGCAAACUUCACAAAAAAAUGGAACGCCUAGAAAACUUCACAGCAGCACCAGCGAGCCUCUUCUUGAACACGGAUGUGCGCGCGGCGGAGUCCCAGGCCGCCGCCGUCGAAGGCGACGGGAGCGCAUACCUCUACAUGCUGAUAGUCAUGUCAUUCUACGCGGUGUUCCUCUGCGGUAUCAUGCUGGGCUACUUUCGCUCCAAGAGGAAGGAGAAGAGGAGGAUCAACAUCUUCACGCGCCUGGUGCACGAGGUGGAGCAGAGGGAGUGGGGCGCUCUGCCCAAGAAGCAUAGCGCCACCUUCCCGGCCGCAGUCUCGGGGCUGCGCGCCGUGCAAGUUUCCUUGCCGUUCUGCGGUUACCACGGCAACCACUCCGGAGCCCUCAGUCACGAGGGUUUUCUGCCGUCUCCACUGGCGUGCGCGCUGUGCGCGGAGCAAAGCAGCGUCAGCUCCCUGUGCUCCUCCGCGGACACGCGCCUGACCAUUGAGGAGGAGGAGGCCGACAGCGGCGCGGCAGAGGGACCGCAGGGGAACCUGAAGGCUGCACCAGCGGGGCACGGCGGAGACGAUUCAGGCUGAACCUUACCCUGGCUUUAGAUCCAAAGAGUGAAAAUUAGCUCCGAGAUAAAAGAUGAGAAAAACAGCUUGAGGGAAAACAUGAGUGGCCCUUAAAUGCGUUAUUAUUGGGCCUCCAAAGGGGACAGUCGGCAGCUGUGAAGCCCUAAAUUUGUUCGUGAAACUCCAUAACCAACAUCUGUGACGCGCCACACGCAAGGAAGAGAAACAACGUGGGCUGAUAUUCAUAAUCCACACAUUAUUAUAAUUUUUUAAUGUACCUAUCGACGAUUGCUACUUUCAGCUUUAUGACAAGUUAAGCACAAUGCCACACCUAAACGUACACACAGCUCAUGUCAAAUCUCUUAAGAACGCAUUGCUACCGUGGUUUAAAAAGCAGAAUAACAGGAAAUGUUCAUUGUAAGUUUGUUGCCUUCUGGUUUUAAAUGUGGUUCUUUGUUUUUUGGAGAACGCUGAGCUGAUUCAGAGUAGACUAGUUAUUAUUUUUACAGUGUGUGAAUGAAUUGGGCUCUUUUUGCGGUGUCCCCCUCGUUGCUGUUGAACCCCCUCCCCGCCCCUUCCUGCUGCUGCCACCUCACUGGUUUGGGCUGAUGACUCAUCCUGCAGGAGGCUUGAAUGGAAGACUGGUUCUGUGUUUUGCUCUUCAGCAGAACUCGACUUGCUCUGACCGACACAGGUGUCAAGAACUGAAAAAUACCUGGAACCCACUUGAAAGGUUGUCUGAAAUAAAGGUCGUCUGUUGUAGCCUCAUGGCGGACAGAUAUCUGUUCACAAGCAAUAGAUUAGGUUUACUUGAUGAAAAAAAAUGCACUAUAGGAUAUAUGUGUGUGUGUAUUGGUCACUUUUACAGCUUUAAUUUAACAUGGAGAGCUGGGAAGCGUUAAAGGAAACAAUAAAUGCAUUUGGAAUGAAAACAGCUUCUCUUUUCUUUGAAUUUAACUUUGUUAAAUCGCCAGUAGAGGGCAGUGUUGAUGUGGUUGUUUAGAAAUAGGCAAAUGAAUGGGAGACACAAUUAGGAAUCUGUUUUCAUUAUUUUUUUAAGAAUACUUUUAUCAUUAAAAUAGUCCCGGAAAGAUCUCUUUCCUAGUUAAAUCUACUCAGACAUCAGACUGUCUCAAGUAUCUUUGUUGCGAUUCAUAACUCCUGAUGCCUUUUAGUUUAGAAAAUAAAAGUGAACCCGAGGGGAUCGUGAACAGCAUUUAUAAAUCCAUCAGUAUGUAUUAGCACAUGUGGAUUUGAUGCAAACCCAGCAGACCAUAGAAGUGAUUCACCAACACUUUUUCCUUUUCACUUUCAAUCAACUUCCAUCCUGUCUGACAGGAGACAGGAUGCCUACAGGCAGCU